AUGUCCGGUCCGCGCAGACCACCUCCUCCCAUACCAAAACCAGGUAUGUGCUAAAAUACACUGAUUUUAGCUCAUUUCGCGAAUUAUUCAUGUUGCUUUUCUGUUUAAUUUACAGGUCACGUUCAAGUCGUAAGAGCUUUGUACAAUUACACAGCUCAACAGGUAAGGAUCGUGUAAAAAAAAUUUCAAUACUUGAAAGCGUUCGAAAGUUUGCCGUAAACAACCGCUUUGAAUAAUGUAGUUUUAGAAAAUGCUCGAUCGCGUAAAUUAGUUGUUAUUUUAAUACUGUCUUGUGUUCUUUUGUAGCCAGAUGAAAUCAGCUUCGAAGAAGGAGAUAUUUUGUACAUAAUCGACAGGGUAUGGACAUAGUUCCCGGUAUUCAUAUGUUUAUUUAAAACGUAUCGCCUGUUUUAUAUUACAAAGUCUCAUAUCGUUGAAGAAGGGCGCACCCAAGAUUUCCAUUACCACCUAGCCUUGAUUUUAGGGGUUUUAUUUUAUACUUCAGAUUUUGAAUCGGCUGAAAAUCGAAUCUAUGCCUUCAGCUAGCUUUUAUUAGCGUGGAAUUGAGUAGAACUAUGUUAACGACCUGUAUCGUUUCUGAGCAGCUUAGUGGUGUACAGGAAUGUACAUUAUUCCAUUGACCGUGCAGAUCAUAAUAUCACUUCAAAUACAACAAUUUCAAACAAAAACUGAACUUUCUAAGUUGCUAGAUUUUGAUGUUUUAAGAUUUACCAUGGAACCAUAUGCUUCAGCACAAGGUUCUGUGGAAGAGACUUUAGGAAGUUAAUCCGCUACAGCCUUGUAGCAGUUGAUCCUUUGCACCCAAAAAUGGGUAUCCAUACUCCCCAUACAGUCCUUUGAACAUUUCCUGUGGUGCUGAUAUGGAGAACUUGUUUAACAACCAAUGGCUUCUUCAGUUGGUGAUCAUUUCCUUUAUUUUUGUGACCUUAAUACUUGAUUCAGGGGUGAUAUUGGAAAGAGAAAUUAGAUACUGGUCACUCUUAGGGGUAAUGUCUGUUUUGUUACACUGAAUUUAAUUUUGGCAUGAAAUCUUGAUUACAUGUCUGUAACAAGAUUAUUCAUGUUAAAAGAUCUUAUAUAUUCCCUUUGUCAACUCUUGAUUCUGACACCUUCAUCAAAAUAGGGCACUGGUCCAUGGUGGAAAGCAAAAGUUGGGGGCAAGACAGGAUUGAUACCAUCUAAUUAUGGUGAGGGCUCAUACUUUCAGUCAGAUACAUUAUAACAAGAAUUAAUCAUGUUUACAUUCUAAUCAUUAGAGUUACCUUUCAGAACUUUCUUAUCAACUUUCAGUACAAUGGGGUGUAUUUUUUUAUUAUCACAAGAAUUAAUCAUGUUUACAUUCUAAUCAUUAGAGUUACCUUUCAGAACUUUCUUAUCAACUUUCAGUACAAUGGGGUGUAUUUUUUUAUGUUGUAUGAUGUUAGGAGCCUGUUUGCAUAAAUUUAUCCUUUUGGGAUUAUCAUGUUUCAGUUGGUGAGCACACUGAAUCAGUAGAAAAUCCUCUACAUGAAGCAGCAAAAAGAGGUAGUAAUAUCUGUGUAUCCAUAACUUUUAUGUGCAGUGAAUAUUAAAGAAUUUUAACUGUAUUGCUCGAUACACAAAAAGAUUGACAAGUGCUUGCAUGUAUAACCAUUCCUACUUGUCAAUACAUGUCUGAAUUAAAUUGAUUUAUAGUAAUUGUAAAUUAAGACUGAAUACAGAUGAGGUUUUUAGAUAAUGAAUCCAUUUAUUUCCAGCUAUAAAGCCAACUAAAUACUCCUUACUUCUAUCUUCUCAGCCAGUAAUUUUGUCUGAUCCACAUGAAGUGUGUUGUAGUUGAGUUCUAGUCAGGUUAGUCAGAAAGAAGAAGGAGUUAGACAUUUUCAGUUGUUAGGAUUGUAUGUUUACUUCUUGUAUAUAAUCAGCAGCCUGAUAGUCAGAAGUGUUUUAGCAUGCACUACACCAUGCUGUUAAGCAUCAUGCAUCAGCAGGUAGCUUCUUGCUAGGAUUAAGUCUGAUGCUUUCUUUCAAUAGCAAAUCAUAUAUUAACCCUUUAGGUUAUAACAUCAGCAUACAUAUUCUCCAUACUGUUCUCUAUACAUUUCCUAUAGUGUUGACCAGGAGAAUCUGUAUAACAAUCGAAAGCUUCCUAAGUGAUCAUUUCUGUUACUAUUCUGUCCUUAAUUUGUGAUUCAGUGAUGAUAUGUUAAGAAGAAAUUAGAUGUUUGUCAUUUUUAGGGAUCAAAAGAUUAAGAAAGAAUUCUAAAUAUCAAGAUCUUAUGAGUAACUAUUUUAUAAAAUCAAGAUGAUAACAAGCAUCAUUCUGUUCUGGUCACUGUUUAAAAGGCAAAGAGGCUGGAACUACUGAACAUUUCAGUCUUAUUCAAUUAUUUCUAGGCAACAUUGGCUUUCUUCAGGAAUGCCUUCAAAACAAAGUAAGAUCAUCGCAUUUGUUUUUUCACUAGAUUUACUUACAACCAGAACUGUUUAGAAAAUGAGUUCUUAGAGGAGCUCAUAUUAAAUAACAAAGCACUGACAAGGUUACAAAAUAAGCCAUCAACUCUCGCAAUUGCUAACAAUCUCUCUGCAGAAAAAUGUGCCAGCUAUUCUGAAUGCUUGAGGUAAGGUUUUCAGCAUGGAGGUGUGACAUUGUGCCACUUGUCUUGUAUCACAGUGUGGUUAAACUAGAAAUCCUUUUGAAAACCCUGCAAAGGAAUAAUUUUCUUAUGGUGUCAUUUUUUUUAUUUUUUAUUUUAAUUAACUUUUGUUUGCUCUACAGGUAUCAGUCAAUGGCCUUGACAAAGCAGGAUCCACCCCUCUUCACUGGGCAGCACAAGGAGGACACACAGGUAUAUAUCUAUCCUUUUCAAUAACUUGGAAGUUCUAUGGCUUAGAGGCAAAAUUGUGAUUUCAUCUCUCACUAUAGUUUACAGUUACUCUAGGCAAAAUUUAGCAAAUUCCUUCAAUCAUGACUCAGACUAUGACCUUAUUUCUGAAAUUACACACGUUUCCUGUGAGGUUCAAAGCAUGAUUGACAGUAACAUAAACUGAAUAUUCAAUGAUAUAUUUCCAACUUCUUUGUCUGCAUGUUGCUGAAAUGAACAGAAUGGUUUUAAUUUUAAAGAGCAAAGUGUGAUAACUAAUGGUUUUUACUUCACGACUGAUUGGGACUCAGGUAGUAGUUUAUUAAUGAAUGUAAUGUACUUUUAUAAUUCAAAACAGAAUGUGUAAAGAUAUUACUUGCCCAGCCAAGAAUUCAGAUAUCAGUUCAGGUAUGUUCUUUCAUUUGGCUUGUUAAAUUAAGCUGACUUGAUGCAACUUGCAAAUUUGAUUUCAUUUUUAUGGGAGUUAUUAAUUAAGGUGAACUUGAUACUAAUUUUCUUGCAGAACAAGCUGGGAGACACCCCUUUGCAUUCAGCUUCAUGGAAGGGUCAUCCAGACAUUGUGGAGUUACUGCUAGAGCGAGGUAGUGAACAUUGCAAUCUUUAGUAUAGGAUAGGGAGUGAUAAGGAAAUUGAAAGGGUUAAACCCUGAUUAACUGAUACUUUUAAUGAAAAAAUAGGGGCAAGAACAGACAUACAGAACAAUGAAAAACAAACUCCUGCUGACCUAGCAAGAGAUCCAGAUGUUGGUAGACUGUUACGAGGGGCUGUUGGUAAGUAAGAUUAUUUUCUCUACUAAUUGUGAGGUCAAUGAAAAAUUGCAUAUUUUUGGUUUACUAAAAGAGUUUAAAUUAAUGUGCAAUGAGUGCUACAGUUUAAUUUAAGUUGGUGCAUAACAGAUGCUGCUUCGUUUUGCUCUUGACUUGCAUUUUAUGAUGAUCAAACUAAACAAUACCAAUUAGAGAGUGUCCUUUAUGUCUCAGAAGCCCCCAGUGCAGACGAUUAUGGUGAAGAAGAAGAUUCUGAUUGAGAUAACUUGAUAAAAGUUUGGUUUAAUGCAGCAAGAGGAGAUAAAACUCAUUAGCUAGUAAAUAAUAAUUAUGUGAAAGGACAUUUUCACAUCAGCAUUACACCAGCACAGUACAGUUGUUUCAUGUCACUGUUUUCAUUCUCAGCAUGAUGUAUACUCAUAGUAAAUUUCUAUAUUUUUUUCAUUAACAUCUUUGUCAAUCAGUGAUGAGGAGGGUAUACCUAAUCUGUGACAAAAGAUACAUUUUAACCUUUUUUGUGUAAAGAUAAGCCUGUCAAACACCUGGUACUGGUUUAUGCAGUGAGUAUGGUUGAAGGGAUAAAAGGCAAUUUAUAUUCUUCAUCCCACUGGCAGUUUGUAUACUGCAUUAUACAUUUUAGAAUAUGUAAAAUCCUAGAAUACAUAUUCAUUCGAUGAUAAAAAUAAUUACUUACAGUGUGGCCAUUGUCACCAAGCUUUAAUGCAGGAAAAAAGACAAGACUGAUCUCAGGAAUUUAGGAAUGUUAAUUCCUAUUCAUCUUUAAUUGUUUGAUUGCGCCGGCCUGGUAAAGAAUUUGCUGAUGGUGCAAGGAGAAAUUAUUAUUUAGCUUUUGUGUAGAAUAAAAGAAAGCUUACUCAUGAUAAUCAUAAGUAAAAGAUGAAGAAGAAGUUUAACCCUUUUACUCCUGUGAGUGACAGUAUACAAUAGUGUUCUCCUUUUCAGGCAGUAACCAGUAACAUUUACUGCCUGUAGUACCUCUUAUUACCAUUUAAAAUUGCUUGGAAUUCUUGAAAAUUCAACAGGUAAAAGGAUUGCUUUACCAGUUUAAAAAUUUAUUUUACCUGUUAUGCUUAAAAUUGGGGAGAACACUGAUACAAUAUCAUGUAGGCAAGUGAUGAGAAUAAAGAAAAGUAUCAAUUAUGGGAUUACUGCUUGAUCUGAUACCAAAUCCUCCAAACUAACAUAAUGAGAAUCAUUUGGCAGACAGUAAGGAGAAUUACUAAAGAGAUCUUGGGAGCUAAAGGGUUAACAAAUAUAAUUAUCAGUAAUUUUUCAUUGAUUGUUUAAGUAUAGCAUUUUGUAGGAGAGAGACAGAUCUAAUACAGGGAAUGAAUGGAAAUUAACACUGAAGUUACAAAAUUUUCUAUAAGAAAAACAAAAAUGAAAAAAAAUUAAUGAGCCAAGUAUCCUUCCAAACAGAAGACACUAACAAUGUUGUAAUGUUGUGUAUAGAACUCUGUUCUUUACCACAAACUUGUUACAGAACUUUAUUUUGGAAAAACUUUCAAUAAAAUAAUUUUGCAGACAGCAAUCCCUUAGUAUUUAUUUGACCUUACGUAAACUGGUUACCCAAGUAUCAAAUUUAAUGAGUACAUUGUGUGCACAUGAUUGUUUUCAGCUGCAUCUCUCAGUUUUGUUAGUAGAAAGAAAAAUUAAUAAAUUUUUUCAUUUAUUCUUAACCAUCUUAAGACUGUUCUCAGGGAACCUAAUGACAAUGAUUUUAACUUAAUUUCUUGUGUCAAUAAAAGACAAGUGAAUACACUUGGGUUGUGUGUCAUAGAACCUUUUGCUUCUAACUUGUAUUCAACCUAAUCUAAAAAUUGUACAAGUUUUUGUUUGUAUUUCUCUACAGUAAAUGACAAACUUUUUCCCUAAAAAAAAAAAGGCUAUGCUGAGAUAUGGGUUUUGCUUUUCAAUUUGACUGACUCAGCAACGAGUUAUUGAUUCAAGACAAAAGCUGGCAGUUCUAGGUAUCGAUAGUCCUUAGUUAAAGGGUGGAUUAUGAUUGUGGAGGGCAUUCAUUGCAGAAGAAAAUCAGAUGAAAGAAGAGAAGAAAAUAAACUUCCCAGCAAAAUGAUCUGAAUUUACCUAUAAGAUUAGUUUCUUUAUUCCUUAUUAAUGUUCUUAAACAUAUGUUUUACUUUGCAUUUGUACUUA